AUGAUGGCAGAGUUCUCCGAAAACAUACAAGCCAACCUGCGGACACAAAUCCACACACUUUCAACUGAAUUCAGGAAACAACUACAUGAAGUGGGCCAACGUACUUCCCAGGUGGAAAAGAAGAUGGACAAGUUCGCUGAGGCCCACAACAGCCUUGCAGACAAGCUCCAAGAGAUGGAGGCAGCUCUGAAACUAGCAGAUAUUAAGGAAUAA